GGGGGAGAGGAAGAAAAAGAGAGAGAGAGGAGGAGAAGAGGAGGAGGAGGAGAAUUAAAUCCCCAGCCACACACACACAAAGCCGCGGCGGCCAGGGCACGGGAGACGGCGGCGCGGGCGAGAUGUGGGGAGCGCCGCGCUCGCCAGCGCAGGAACUUCGCCCGGAGCAAGCCAGCAACAUGGCGCUGCCAAACCAGAGCCGGCAGCCGGAAUGAGCAUCGCGGGCUGCCGCUCCCACUCCCGCUGCUGAGCCCAGUCGAGCCGAGGAGCAAAGCCCUUCCCGCGGGCACCUGCCCCGUCGGCGCAGAGGGCGGCCACGCUCCCGCUCCCCGCGCUCCGCAGCUCCCUGGUCUUUCCGCGCCCCUUCCCCGACCCGCCCGCGCUGGGGCAAGCCGCGACACACGCACCCACGGAGAGGGGGAGUCGGAUCGUGAAACUUUUCUCGUCUCUUCUUCCCACUCCCGACGGGACUGCCCUUCAGGGAGAGCAGCAGGGCCAGGCGACUGUGUGGGGACCCGCGUCUCGGACCGCGCACGCCACAGCCCCGCGGCGCGGCAGGAAGAAUAUAAAACCUCGAAGAAAAGCGUUGCUUUUUUAAGAAGACGUCAUGCUUUCUGCAACUCCCCUGUAUGGCAACGUUCAUAGCUGGAUGAGCAAUGAGAGGGUCCGCAUGUGUGGAAUUAAUGAAGACAGGAAAAUUCCCGUUAAUGAUGCUGAUGCACCGAAAAGCAGACUGGAGUUGAGGGAGGAAAAUCACCUGAAUCACAGUGUGGUGGAUGCAACUACAGCACAUCGCAUUGACAGCCUUGCAGCUCUGAGUAUGGACAGGUCUGGGCUCAUGCGAGAAGGACUCAGAGUGCCCAGUAGCAUUGUCUAUUCCAGCUUGUGUGGACUUGGCUCGGAAAAAUCGCGGGAUGCUACGGGUUCGAUAGCCAGCCUGGGAUUUACUCCUGAAAGAAAUCCAGAGAUACAGUUUAAGUCCAAUCCCCCCGAAGCGGUGGAAAGCGCAGCUGUCUCUGGAAAAGCCCCGAACGGCUUCAGCGCUAUAUACAAAACACCACCUGGAAUACAAAAAAACUCUGUCCCGACAGGGGAGACACUGGGUUUGGACCGAGCUGCGGGUGACAGGCAGAGUCCCCUCGGUGUCAAUGGUGCUAGUUACCUAAGGCUCCCCUGGGUGAACCCCUACAUGGAGGGUGCAACGCCCACCAUAUACCCUUUCCUUGACUCACCAAAUAAGUAUUCGUUGAACAUGUACAAGGCAUUGCUACCUCAGCAGUCCACCUACAGCUUACCGCAGCACCUGGCUUACUCGCCCGUAUGUACGAACGGUGAACGUUUUUUAUACCUGCCUCCCUCCCACUACGUUGCCCCUCACAUCCCUUCGUCGCUGGCGUCGCCCAUGAGGCUCUCGACUGCUUCAGCUUCACCAGCAAUCCCACCUUUGGUGCACUGUCCGGAUAAGAGCUUGUCGUGGAAAAUGGGUGUGAGCCCAGGCACCCCUGUGGACACGCACGCCUACCCUCACAUCCAGAGCAGUAAGCAACCCCGGGUCCCCACUGCCAAGCCGGCCCCUGCCAACUUGCCAGGGGAUCCCGCGCUCCUGCUGCCGCACUCGCCUCGGCCAUCUCCCCGCCUCCCCCUGCCUGCCCAGGUCGGGGAUGCCUAUGCCGAUUUCCACAAACAUUUCCCCAGGAUCACCACCUCUCCCUCCUCUGCUGUUACGCUCCCAAAGCCCUACGUGAACAUCGGCAGCGAAUUUCCACCUGCUCGCCUCUCCAAUGGGAAGCUUCCCAAAGGCAGUGAUGCUGGGGAGGCACCCCUCCCAUCUGCCCCCCAUGCACGGAAAGCUGGCCACGAUCGGAAGGACAGCAGGUCCCCCCCACUCCUGGAAAAGCAGACCCCGACCAAAGACGUCACCGACAAACCGCUGGACUUGUCGGCGAAAGUGGUUGAUGCGGAAACCGCUAGCAAGUCAGACCACAGUAAGAAAAUUAUGCCAACAGUGCUGGUGCAUGGAAGGGCAGGAGGGGGGACACACUUGCCAGGCGGUGACAUCGUUCAGAAAGAAACCAUUUCUCCUGGGAACAGCUGCCCCAUCUACAGGCCCGAAAUUAUCAGCACGGCGCCAUCCUCCUGGAUUGUUCCUGGUCCCAGCCCCAGUGAAGAGGCUGGGAAGAAUGUCCAACUGAAAAACAAGGCACUGGACUGGGUUAUGCCACAGCCACGGAGCUCCUCCUGCCCCAGGAUGGGUGGCACAGAAGCAGUGGUUGGCAGUGUUUCAGGGACGGUGUCAGCAGGGGGGCGGCCGGCGUCAGCGUCACCAGCUCCCAAUGCCAACGUGGAUUGCGCCAAGACGGCCCGGAGCUCUGCAGAGAGCACCGCCUCGGUUAUCCAGCACGUCGGGCAGCCUGUCGCCACCCCUGCGAAGCACAGCAGUAAGGUGGCCAAGUCCUGUGCUCAGGAAGCCAACUUCAAGGCGACCGAGACUGCCCUGGCCUCCAGCCCCAUCUUCCUGCCGCCCAACGAGGCGUUUCGCUCGCCGCCUCUGCCCUACCCCAGGAGCUAUCUCCCAUAUCCAGUGCCGGAGGGGAUCGCCAUCAGCCCUCUCACCCUCCACGGGAAAGGACAUGUCUACCCUCACCCUGUCUUGCUGCCCAACGGCAGCCUCUACCCCACCCACCUGGCUCCCAAACCCGGCCUCCCUUACAGCCUGCCAGCCGGGAGGGGGGAGUUCAUGACCUACCAGGAUGCUCUGGGAGUGGGGAUGGUGCACCCCAUGCUGUUGCAGCAUUCAACUCUGGAAAUCAAUAAGGAGGAGAAGACAGAACGGAGGUCACGGUCUCACGAGAGGGUCCGCUAUGAGGACCCAGCUCUGCGGGGCCGAUUGCCAGAGCUCCUGGAGAGCGGUGGGAAGAUGCAUUUCGAAAUGCCCAGUGACAAGAGUGUGAAAUUGCACCAGAACUCUGGCCAUAGUAAAAACUCUGCAAAAAGCGACAAACACCUUUUCCCGGAUCUUCUGCGAGACGAGCAGGAAGCUAAGAGCGAAGCAAACGUAACGAAAGCCAGCUUUGCCACAGAAAGCAGUAAUCAGACUAAUGACCCUACAAAGCACAAGGUAGAGCAGGCGUCUCAGCACAGAGAUUUUAUUGUAAUGAGAGAGGAGUAUGGAAGAAAUAAUGAUGUUCACGAAACCUAUAAUUUCAAGCAAGCCCAGAGUUCAUCAGUGUUCGGCUUAAGGAAAGAAGAUUUAUCUGUGAGCCAGCCUAAAGAGAGAGUGGCGGUCCAGCCUUCUCCUGUUUUCUUGGAAAGCGCGCACGAGAGCGAUGCUCCAGCUCUGGCUUUUGGCAAGGUGCAGGAGGAUGCGAAGCCAUUCUGCAUGGGGACUGCGCCGCCGAGCAUCGAUGCCAGCCAGACCUAUACCAAAGACGGAGCCGACGAUGUGGAGUCUGCUGAUGGCAAAAUCCUGAAACCCAAGCCGUCUAAACUGGCCAAGAGGAUCGCAAACUCUGCCGGUUAUGUAGGUGACCGAUUCAAGUGUGUGACGACGGAGCUCUACGCCGACUCCAGCCAGCUCAGCCGCGAGCAGCGGGCGUUGCAGCGUGCAAUGAUGCGCUUCUCAGAGUUGGAGAUGAAAGAGAGAGAAGGCCAAACAGCUACCAAAGACUCAGAGGUCUGCAGAUUCAGCCAGGCAGAUUGGGAAAACUUGAAAGGAAACAGUGAAAAGAAGCCAAAGUCUGUUGCUCUGGAAGAUGCCAUUGCUGACCAAAAUGACAAUGACAGAUGUAACUUUACUAGUACAGAAAACAACCGAGGUCACUUUCUUGAAACUCCAGAGGAAAAAGAUCUCUCAAAUGAGAAAUGUUAUUUAGAGAGACAUUCUGUGUAUGAAAAGGCAGAAGACCAGCCAACAGAAGAUUUUGGCCAACAUUCAUGUCCACGUCUGGACAGGAAACGUAAACACUCUGGUGAGAGAGUGCAAAAUGAUGGCAGCCAAAAUGAAAGCUUUGUGGAUGAACUGCAGGAUGAAGUUAUAUCAAAAGCAAAAAAGAAGAAGAACUCCAAAGAUGACUGGCCUGAGAGGGAAAUGACAAACAAUUCCUCUAACCACUUAGAAGAGCCCAAUUGUAAUGAGGUGACCAACCUGAAGGUGUGCAUUGAAUUAACAGGGCUCCAUCCCAAAAAGCAGCGUCACCUGCAGCAUCUUAGGGAACUAUGGGAGCAGCAGGUGUCACCAGAGAGAUCCCCGUCCGGCAAGUUGGGCCGGCAAAGCAGGAAAGAUUUAGCUGAGGCUGUUCAGCCAGAGGCCACUGCAAAGGUCAAAGACUUCACAGAAGAAAGGCACACCAAGAAAAGGUCAGAGGCCAAAAGCAAUAGAAGUUGGUCUGAAGAGUCCCUCAAAACAAGUGACAAUGAACAAGGCUUGCCCGUAUUCCCGGUGUCUCCGCACAUGAAGAGCCUUUCAUCCACCAAUGCAAACAGCAAAAGGCAGGCUCAGCCAAGCUGUACUCCAGCCUCGAGGUUGGCUGCCAAACAGCAGAAAAUUAAAGAAAGCCGGAAGACAGAUGGGCUGUACACAGACGAAGAGGAGGAUUUCCAACAUGCAUCUCUGAUGCCGAAAUACAGCGAGUGUGAGAAGCCAUCAGGGAAACGUCAGUGUAAAACAAAACACUUGGCACUGCAGGAGAGGAGAAGGAGGUCAUCUCUGACAGGGGAUGACACCACAGAUAUCGAAAAUGCUGAAGAUAAGGUAACGGUAACGAGGAAAGUCAGGAAGCGACCGGAGCCGAGUUCAGACUGCGACUCCUCGCCGGCCAAGCCGUACGAGCAGAAGCCGUACGAGCGGCUGCCGCAGGCGCCCUCGCUGCUCCCGGUGCCGCAGCCCCCGCAGCUGCCCCUGGCCAGCCCCACCCCGGAGAGCACCCCGAGCCGGCCCAUGCCGCCCGAGGCGCGGCGCCUGAUCGUCAACAAGAACGCGGGGGAGACGCUGCUGCAGCGGGCGGCACGCCUGGGCUAUGAGGAGGUGGUUCUGUACUGUUUGGAAAACAAGGCUUGUGACGUGAACCACCGUGACAACGCGGGUUACUGUGCCCUGCACGAGGCCUGUGCCAGGGGCUGGCUGAGCAUCGUGCGGCAUCUCCUCGAGUACGGCGCCGACGUCAACUGCAGCGCUCAGGAUGGAACCAGACCAAUCCACGACGCGGUGGAAAACGACCACUUGGAAAUUGUCCGCCUGUUACUGUCCUAUGGUGCUGAUCCAACACUGGCAACCUACUCUGGGAGGACCAUUGUGAAGAUGACCCACAGUGAGCUCAUGGAGACCUUCCUCACAGAGUAUUUAACUGACCUGCAAGGUCGAAGUGUUGAUGACCCUGGUUUGUACUGGGAUUUCUAUGGCAGCUCUGUGUGCGAUCCAAAAGAUGAAUCUGGAUUUGAUGUCUUGGCAAAUCCUCCUGGCCCAGGUGAUGAAGAUGAAGAUGGCUUCAGCGAUGUGUUUGAAUUUGAAUUUUUGGAUGAGCCUCCCUUACCGUGUUACAACAUUCAAGUGUGUCUCUCUCAGGGACCACGGAACUGGCUUCUGCUCUCGGACGUGGUGAAGAGGCUAAAGAUGUCAUCUCGCAUCUUCCGCUGCAACUUCCCCAACCUGGAGGUCGUCACCAUCACGGAGGCAGAGUUUUACAAACAGACUUCCCUCAGCCAGUUGUUCUCUUGUGCUACGGACCUUGAAGCUUUUAACCCAGAGAGCAAAGAGCUCUUGGACUUGGUGGAGUUCACAAGUGAGCUCAAGACUCUGCUGGGCUCCGAGCUCCACUGGUUGCACCCGCACGAGGAGCCUCCCUUCGACAUCCUCUGGUGAACCAUCAGGCCAUUUAAUGUACAGUGCUCUAUACAGCUACUCCUUUGUGUAUAUGUGUUCAAAUGAAAUUGUUUCUGUAAAGAAAGGACACUAUUAAAUAUGAAAAUAUCUUUCCUUUAUAUAAGAGAUCUGAAUUCCAGUUGGAUGGAUUUUGGAAGAAUUUUUUUUUAACUUCAAUCAGUUUUUACAAAAAUUGUUAUAUAAUGUUUCUUUAAAUGCACACAGGCUUUGGGAUAAGUUUGUUAUUACUCUGAACACAUUUUUUUUUUUAAAGAACACCCACACACAUUGACUUUGUUUCAUGCAAAGCACUGAUUACACAGAACAUACUUUUUCUAGGUGAUGUGAUCAAAGUCGUGUGGCUUGUUUGGGAGGUAGAAUUCAGUAAGGCACUUGGUGAUAUUAUUUUCGGUUUUUUUGUUUACAGAAUUACCUGCUUUGGCCAGGUAAGCACUAUUGAAUAUAAUUCAAUAGUUUGUAAUAUAAAUUAAACCAUAUCCAUACGCAUCAACUAAUUGUAAGAACUUUUAUAUCCUAAUUUAAAAGCUGUGAAAUUUAGUUUUCACACAUCAAACCGGAUUGUUUAUAUAUGUUUAAACAUUUUAUGCUCUUUAUUUAAAGAAGACUUUGAACUAUUUUUUCUGUACCUUGUAAAAUAUUGAAAAACUAACAUAUGUUGAAGUUGCUUGAAACUGUACAUAAACUAAAUUUUCUGAAUUGUGUGUUUAUGUUUGAGAUCUGUGUUUUAACUUUGUAAGUAAAUCUUCUGCCUUUGUAUUUAUAUUUUACAAAAAUUUUCUUAAAGGCAAUAAAACUGUUGAGAAAUGAA